CUCACCGGAGGUGACCCAAAUGGACGGGAAUAUUCUUUUAAAAGUACAUACAACAACUUUGUCGACUUAUUUAAUUCUUUUAAAAUAAUAAUAAUAAUUUUUAAAAAAAAGAAUCCUACCGUGAAAGUCUCCGAAGCUCCCAGAGAUGAGCAGUCCCGAUGCGGGCUACGCCAGCGACGAUCAGAACCAGGCAAGGUGCGCGAUGUCAGUCAUGAUGCCUGGGAUGGGACACUGCCAGUGGGCAGACCCCCUCGGGGCCCUCGGGGAGUCCAAAGUCAAGAGCGAGCCGUGCGUCGCCGCCGCUGCCAACAGCACCAGCACCACCACCAGCACCGGCUCCUGCGGGGCUGCUGCGGCCGGCGGAGGGAACCAGAGUCGCGGCAAGAGCGAGCCGAGGAUCCGCCGGCCCAUGAACGCCUUCAUGGUGUGGGCCAAGGACGAGCGCAAGAGGCUGGCCCAGCAGAACCCAGACCUGCACAACGCAGAACUCAGCAAAAUGUUGGGCAAGUCGUGGAAGUCCCUCCCCGUGGUGGACAAGCAGCCCUUCGUGGAGGAGGCGGAGCGCCUGCGCGUGCAGCACAUGCAGGACCACCCCAACUACAAGUAUCGGCCCCGCAGGCGCAAGCAGGUGAAGCGGAUCAAGCGGCUGGACUCCGGCUUCCUGCUCCACGGGGGGUCCGAGCACCAAGCCCCCUCGGUGCCCGGGGACGCCCUGGGGCUGGGCUACCACGAGCACGGCUUCCAGCUGCCGCAGCAGCCCCUGGGCCACUACCACCGCCCGGACGCCCAGGGCCUGGCGGGCGGCUACGAGAGCUACAGCCUCCCCACGCCGGACACCUCGCCGCUGGACGCCGUGGAGUCCGACUCCAUGUUCUUCCCCGCCCAGGAGGACUGCCACAUGAUGUACGCCGCCUACCACUCGCAGGUUGCCGAGUACCAGCACCAGGAGCCCCUCGCCGCCCACCACGCCAGCACCCUCCUCCAGCGCCACCCCGCCUCCGCUCCGGAGCAGCCCCCGUCCUACAUGGGGUGCCCCACCCCCCUGCAGGCCAUGUACUACAGCCAGGCAAAGCGCCACCCGGGAGCGGGUCAGCUCUCCCCGCCGCCCGACUGCCACCCUCACGACAACGUGGAGCACAUGCAACACUCGGAGCUGCUGGCCGAGGUGGACCGCAGCGAGUUUGAGCAGUAUUUAAGCUCCGCCUCCUCCUCCGGCCGGGCCGACUUGGCGGCCUUGGCGUACGGGCCCCACGAGGGCGGCGGGCAGGGACCCGAGAGCCUGACGUCGUCCAUGUUGUCGGACGCCAGCACCACCAUCUACUACUGCAGCUACAACAACUCCUAAGGCUGCUGCUCAUGUUUUUGAUCUUCUCACUACUGAACCAAAAGUGUAGGAACUCUUUUUUUCCUUUACUGUCUCGCAGGGAUAUGAAGUCAUUUUGUGAUGUUAAAUAUUGUACAGUCACUAUUUUUAAGUCAGUUUUUUAUACUU